GCGUUGAAUUCAGUUCGAGUUUAGCCUUCGAUGCGUUCAGACGUGUUCGGAAAAAACUAAAACGGAAAGCAAAAAGUAAACUCUGUCUAAAAAAUAUAAAGAGAAAUACAUAUUACCUUCAUAUAGCUAUACAUAUGAAUGGUCGCCGAGUGUGAAGUGAUUGAACAACUCAGAAAUUAUAUGCCUCUUGGCCACUUGUCAGUGAAUAGUGAAUUCUUGAUUUGACAAGAAAAUUGAAACUAAAUUGUGAAAACGCAUAAAACAGAAAAAUACAACAUUUCGGAAUACUUGCCGCCGCAAACUCUUUGGAUUAUUUUCAACCACCUAAAAAAAUAAAAACCCAAAAAAAAAAAACAACAGCUAACAGCAUUUAAAUUGCUGUUGGAUAUAUUCUUUGGAUUACCUGAAUAAGCAAAUAACUUCGAAGCAACUGCAAAAUGGUUGUACUCGAAGGCGGCGGUGGUGUUGUUACCAUCGGCAAUAACCAAUAUUUGCAACCGGAUUACUUGGCUCCAUUGCCCACAACGAUGGACGCCAAGAAAAGCCCGUUGGCAUUGCUGGCACAGACUUGCUCACAGAUCGGAGCCGAUUCAUCGGCUGUGAAACCGUUGCUGGGCAUGGAUAAGAACAAGAAAUCGGGAACAUGCUCCUCAUCGUCGACGUCAUCGAGCUCAUCGAGCAGCGCAGAAAUCUCAGCGGCCAAGUCGCCAAGCAGCCAAGCCAAAUCGCCCAAGUCGAGCACACCGAUCACCACAAGCUCAAGCAUCAGCAGCACAAGCCUCAGCUCAUCGGGCAGCGAGGUGAAGCUGGCCUUCAAGCCAUACGAGACGAACGUGCUCAGCCAGCAGAAUCAGAACAGCUUCAAGAGCAGCCACAGCGAGGAGCCAGUGCGUCCCAGCUCGAAGAACUCCUCCAGCCAGGAACGCGUGCCGUCGCGCAGCAAGUCCAACGCCACGCCCACAGAUCUCGCCCAGCUGAAGGCGGAGGGCAUGUCGACGACUCCUCACGACAACAGCAGCGCCAGCGGCAGCCGCAAGACAGUCUCCCCAGCCGGAUCCUCGCAGCGCGGCGCCAGCCCCAUCGUACGCUCCGGAAUGGAGGUGCUGAACAACGCUAACGGCACAGCACAGCAUCCCAAGGAGAUGAGCAGCAUGGCAGCAGCGGCAGCAGCUGCGGCAGCCGCAUACAAGGCAGCCGGACCCUAUGGACUGAAUCCCCUGUCCGCCCUCUGCUGCCCGCCGGGCAUGGAGCAGCACGCGAACCCCGCAUUCCGUCCGCCCUUCGCCGGCGGCUUCACGGCGCACCAUCACGCGGCUAUGCUGGCGGCGGCAGCGGCCAACGGCGGCUAUCCGCCCGCCGCAGCCGGACCGGGAGCAGCCGGCCAGCCCAAUCCGUACAUCAGCUACCAGCGCAUCAAGACGCCAGCCGGGGGCGAGGCAAUCGUGCCCGUCUGCAAGGAUCCCUACUGCCCCGGCUGCCCCUACUCCGCCCACACACAACAGAUGCUCAUGGGCGCCCCGUGCCCCGCCGGCUGCACGCAGUGCGAGCACCAGAAGUACGGCAUGGCCAUGGCCAGCGCCGGACUGCCCCCAGCCCAUCCCUACUCACAGGCAGCGGCCGCCGCGGCCGCCAACGCAGCCGCCGCUCGCAGCGCUCCCUACGUCUGCAGCUGGGUGGUCGGCGACGCCUACUGCGGCAAGCGAUUCCAGACCUCCGACGAGCUCUUCACCCAUCUGCGCACCCACACCGGCAACCUCUCGGACCCCGCUGCAGCCGCCGCGGCUCUCGCCCAGUCCCAGGCGCAGUCGCUCCUCGGCACGCUCUUCCCGCCGUCGGCUCUGCGCGCCGGUUACCCCACGCCUCCCCUCAGCCCCAUGUCCGCUGCAGCGGCGGCCGCUCGCUAUCAUCCCUACGGCAAGCCGCCGGGCGCUCUAGCUGCUGCUCCGUCGCCAUUUGGCGCUGCUGGCGCCUUCAAUCCGGCAGCGGCGGCUGCUGCAGCUGCUCUGGGUCCCUACUACUCUCCAUACGCCAUGUACGGACAGCGCAUGGGAGCAGCGCACCAGUAAGCGAAAGAGGGAAAGGAGGAGGUGAAGAGGAGGAGAAUGAGAAGGAGAAGGAGAGGCUAGUGUUGGAUACCAAAUAGAUGUGGAUCACGUCUGGCUUGGGAAAUAAUUUCUAAAAUUGCACAAUGCGUGAGAGGAGCGAAAAGCGAAGGGAAAUUUGAAAAAUUCAAAAGAUAAAGAAAAAACAAUUAAGAAUUCAUUGAUAAUUAUAAAUGAUGAUUAAUGAUUAAUGAUUAGUAACGCUCUCAGCGGCGUUCGCUGUUCUGUGAUACUAAACUGUAAAUUUGUCGAGCGCUAGUUACGUUUAACUUUCCAACAACAAUAAUAAUAACAACAACAACAUCAACAACAACCACAACAAGUCAAAAUAAUAAUAAUAGUAUUCACAAAAAUAAUCACAAGAAUGAAGACAACAACUAAGGAAUAAAUCAACAUAUGAAAAUAUAUCAGUUUUGAGUUCAGUUACAAUUACAAUUCACAUUUACCACUUACACGUCUCUUAAUCAAUUAACCAUAAUUAAUUGCGUUCUCAAAGUUCAACCAAAGUUUUUUUUAAAUGACUUCCAGUUCUCUCGAUAUAUAUAUAUAUCUAUGAAAAUCGUAUGUUUAUCAGGUUUUGUUUAUAUUACGCUAAUGUUGAAGCAUUGUUUUUUACUUUAAUUUGCCUAGAUAUAAAUUAGUUGUAACUAUUCCAUAUACAAAUAAAUUUAACACAAAAUAUACUAUAUAUAAUAUGCAUACAGAUUCAAUAAUGUUUUAAGCCAUCUUAUAUGUAAAAUAAAAAAACAACAAAAACUCAACCACAAUACACACAAUAUGCAAAAGAUUAAAAAUUAAAAAUUGAACAAAAAUCAAAUUCAAAAA